CAAAAACAUGACAAUUACAUGUUUUAUAUAUCUUUAUUUUGCAUGAAAAUGGGUCGAAACAAAUUAAAACAUGUUGCAAAGUUAAAUCAGUUGUUUCAUAUUUUGACACGCAUUUAUAAUCCCAUGCCCUAGUAGUAGUUUAUGGUAACAAGUAAUAACUGCUAUUUAUAAAUCUAUUGUCAAUAUCAUGAAAAGGUGUAUAGAUACCAGUACACUCUACACGCAUUUUAAACAAGAAUAAUAAACCUCUCAAUGUAUAGAUUUAUACUUCCUAAUUUAAACCAUUUUAAACACAACUUUUUGAUAAGACAGUAUUGCAUAUUUAUUUCAUGUUUUAAAUUAAAAAAAAAUCAUGGCAUAUUCCAGGAUAGACUUCAGUGGUUCAGUUACACAGGACUCUGAUGAAGUUCAGGAAAUGUUUUGUGAACAUUGUGAUAAACAUGACAAGCAAUAUGUUCCUGCUGAAGGAUUUUGUGAGGAAUGUUUAGAGUACUUGUGUGCUAUAUGUCUGAAAUUCCAUAAAAGAUUAUUGGUCUCCCAUACUAUCAAGGAUAAGGAUAACAUGCCACAGGAUAUCUGUCUGAAGAAAUGUUCUUUCAUCAAGAUGAAUUAGUCAAGUUCUAUUGUCAAGCUUGUAAGAAAUUUGCCUGUACUGAAUGCAAGAUACAAGGCCAUGGGAACUGUAGUGUGAUCAGCCAUUUGCCAGCUCUUGUUCCAGGGAUUGAAAACAGCCAAGAAAUCAAAGAACUUAAUGAAAAUCUUGAUGAGUUAAUGAAAGAUUUGGAACAUACAGAAAAACAUGUGAACAUAAACAUGAAAUAUGUUGCUUCACAAGAAACAAAGAUAUUAGAUACGGUCAUGAAAAAAAAGAAAGAAAUAUUGUCAGUGUUUGAAAAACAUCAGACAGAUAUAAUUCAAAACUUUGAGAAAAAAAUAAAAGAAACCUUACAAAGACUUGAAGAAGAGAAAAAAGAGAAAAUUAACAAAUUACAAGAAAAUCAAAGGAAAUUAGAAAAGUUGUUAAAUGAUCAGGAGAAUGAAAUAAAGAAGAAAAUUGAAAUCAUAAAAAAGGAAGACGAGAAGGUUUUGCAGGCAAUCAUUGAAGAAACCUCAAAAAUGAAAACAAAAUUGAACACAAUAUCAACAGAGCUGGCUCAUCAUCAAGGUACAGAUCAAAGAUGUCAACUGUUUGUUGCUAUGAAGAAGGGGCAAGAAAUCAUUGAACAAUUGAAACCAGAUGCAGAUAAACAAUGUAAGAACAAUUCAAUUCAUUAUUACAAAGUUGAAUGCAAAGCUUCUGAACAAAAUAUUACCAAUUUACAAGACUGUGACAAUUUUUUCACCUAUCAAGAAAUACACGAGUCAGAAGUAAAAAGAACUGCAAGUUAUUACACAGAUAUUAAAUGCACAUUUGACUCCUGGUCAUCUCUAUGCUUGUUAUCAGAAAACUGUCUUCUUAUUAGUGACAAAAAUUAUUCAAAACUAAUUAUAUUCAAGGAUUUGUCAGUCAGCACUACAUCAUAUGAUACAAUAGACCUGCCACCAGAACCUUGGGCUGUUGCUAAAGUUGACAAUAAUAAAGCUGCUGUAACAUUUCCUGGUCCUGGAAUAUUAAAACUGAUAACAUUCUCUAAGUCUAUGACAGUGACCAGCAUUGAAGAUAUAAAAGUAGGAGAAGGUUGUAAUGGUGUUGCCUACAGUAACAACAAGCUUAUAGUAUCAUUCACAGACAGUAAAGCAACAGUGAAGAUAAUUGACAUGUCUGGUAAAGUAAUGAAAACAUAUGAUAAAGAUCAUCAUGGGAAAUAUCUGUUUGGUGAUCCUCAUUUCUUAACAAUCAGUGCAGACAACACAGUUAUAUAUGUAUCUGACUUUGAGAAGAACUGUGUGAUGGGUUUAACCUUUGAUGGGAAAGUCAAGGCCAUUUACAAGGAUGACCAGUUGAAGGGGCCAUGUCAACUGACUGUAGAUAGGUCUGGAGCAGUGUUUGUAUGUGGAUAUUGGUCACACAAUAUACAUCAAUUAUCACCUGACCUGACCAAGGUGAAGAUUCUACUGGAUAAAGAACAAGGAAUAAAAGGACCAGUGGGUGUGGCAUACUGCCAGAAUAAUAACAGAUUGUAUGUGAGUCAAUAUGCUGAUAACAUUAAAGUGUAUGAUUUAUCACUGGAAUAAACUAUUCUAUUUCUUCCACUUCUUGAAACUUACACUUCAAAAUGCUUCAGGCCUCUAGCCUAUUACAUGACAAAAAGUGCAACACAUAGAAUGAAUAAAGUUGGUUCAUUAUUAACAAAGUAUAAAAUGAUUUAGAACACUGAUAACAUACUAUUAAAAAAAUGAAUAAUGGCAGGUCUGCUUCAACUCAAUUCAAAUGUAAUAAAGCUUUAUAAUUUAAAAAGGUGUCUAUUACUAUCCUAUAACAAAACGAAGUUAACACUUACAUAAAGCAAUAUUUAUAUAAGUUUUGAUUAAACAAUAUGAAAUAGCUCUACAUUCAUUUGUAAGAAUGUGGGCUGUUUGUUUUGCUUAUAUUUAAAGUUAAUUUGAAAUUUACUAACAUUUGAUAUUGUGUAGUUUUAUCAGCAUAUCAAAACAAUAAAUCAUUAAACUGAUAAGCUUUAGUAUAAAUAAUGAAUCUAUAAUUAUUGUUGAAAUGCUUGACAUGUGGUCUUUGUUUAUCUUGUUUGGUUUUAUGGCACACCAACACUAUUUUGGUCACAAUGCACCAGAACAGGAAAGAUCAUUUUGGCUAACUUCUGGUGUUACAAACUUUAAAGCCAAAACCAUCUCGCUUACUGGAGCUAAGAGAUGCAUAGACUCCAGUAAUUCGAACCCAUUUAGUGGCUCUUACUAUCAUGCAGGGAUAAAUAGUAGCUGCAAUUCUGAUCCCUCAACCCUUAAAAACAGUGAACUCAAUAUAUUCAUUAAACGGAGGUAAUAUUGUGAUCAUGUUGAUAUUCAUUUGACCAAAAGUGUAUGUAAAUAAACGAUAAUUAUUAACAAGAGCACCGCUAGGCGGAGCAUUAUAUGCCCGAAAGUGAGUUGUUUUUUUUUAGUUAAGAUUAAGCAUUUGUAAGAUAUGGGAAUUAAAUAAAGUAUAACCUCCUUCAAAUAACAAUCCUAUGAAGUUUGAAUAUUGUGGGCCAAAUGGAACUUAAGUUAUGCUCCGGAAACUGUUUUCAGUUUUAAAGUAAUAGUGACCUUGACCUUUGACAUUGUGACCCCAAAUAAAUAGGGGUCUUCUACCCAAUAUAGACAAUCAUACUAUGAAGUUUGAACACUGUGGGCCAAAUAGAACUUAAGUUAUGUUCCGGAAACUGUUUUCAAUUUCUAAAUAAUAGUGACCUUGACCUUGUGACCCCAAAAUCAAUAGGGGUCUUCCACCCAAUAUGAACAAUCAUCCUAUGAAGUUUGAACACUGUGGGCCAAAUGGAACUUAGUUAUGCUCCAGAAUAUUAAGAUCAUUGUGAUCCUGACCUCUGACCUUAUGACCCUAAAAUCAAUAGGGGUCAUGUAUUGAACAUGGCUGUUCACCCUAUAAAAUUUUACAGCUGUAAAUUGAUUAAUACUUAAGUUAUUGAGCAGAAAUUGUUUUCAAUUUUAAGGUUAUAGUGACCUUGACCUUUGACCUUGUGACCCCAAAAUCAAUAGGGGUCUUCUACCCAAUAUGGACAAUCAUCCUAUAAAGUUUGAAUAUUGUGGACCAAAUGGAACUUAAGUUAUGCUCCGGAAACCAAAUUCCUAACGGACAGAAGUCCUUACGAAUGCUUUUCCUUUUUAGCCACACAAGGCUAAAAAAAGACACACAAGUAAAACCUAGGACUGGAUCAAUAUACCGGUAAAUCGGUAUUUAUCGAUUUUCUGUUUUUCAAUAUGGUAUGGUUAUCGGGUUUUAGCUAUACCGAUACAAAGGGAGACAACCUAAUAAGUGUGUAACUUAUAAACAUGAUCAUUAAAACUAUUGUAUUUAAUAUGUCAGCUCGAAAGUUAAAACUGGGGAAUUUUCUCUUAAAGUUAAUGAUAAGAAGGCACUCUGAAAUAUUUGCAAGGCUAAGUGGCUAGUUCAGGUGGAACAACAAUUGUCAAUACAUAACAAUUAAUCCAGCCAUUUAAUCUCCUAUUUCUAACACAUUGGUAAAAAUAUACCUUCAGGUCGGCGGUAGUUUUUAUUAGACCAAACAGUUACUUGUAAUUUAAUCAAACACAUAUUGUUAAUACAUAAAUUCUACAAAUUUAUUGAUUUUCCAAGAUGUAGGUAGCUAAAUAAAUGCGACAGUGCAAAGACCUAGCUAAACACCGUUUUCCGGUACAUUACAUAUUUAGCUCUUGGAAAUUACGACACCAAAUGAAGUCCACAA